GUCACAAUUUAGAAGGAGAGAGAGGGAGAGCGCUGCAGACAGAGCAUGAAUACUAAACACAUGUUCUGUUUUCCACCCUCCACUCCUCCACCUUCCCCUCUGCACACAGUCCCGACCACCGCUUAUUAAGACGAAUGUGCGCCGCGGCUCCGCAGAUCAUGACAGGAGCGCAAGGAUUCUGCACUCAAGGAGAAAACUGCGGCCCGUGGAACUGACGGUAUACCCGCAUUGCAUCACGGACACGACACCCGGUUCCCCGCUGUUUCCCUCCCACUUCAACUGGCGCCGACGAGGAGGCAGAAGAAGCAUCUUAUCUUAGAGUUUCUUUGACGCACAGACCCAUAUGCAGCUGCGCUCGGGCUGUUGUCGCUCCCGGGCUCAAAAGCCAGCCGGCAGCUGCCUGCUUCGCUGCGCGCCGAUCUGGGGGCAAAAACCGGUAAUUACGCGCCGCGCGGACAACUUUGGCGAGGUGCUACAUGGAUUGCGCAGCAGCAACAGGCCAGUCACUGGCGUCUACUGAGAUUUCACUCGCGGUAGAGUGAAGUGUGACUCAGUCAUCCUCCUCAGCCUGGUCACAUCAUCAUCAAGUUUACGAGGCAACCUGUAGCUGUGUGCCCUUUUACUGCAGGCAUCAUUUCACCGAGGCGCAAUGACGGGACACACAGGACACAGCUGACGGUUUUGAAUCUGUAGCCCGGGGAGGAGAAAAGAAACAAGAGUACAGGGAAGCAGCCCCAGUGCAAACCAUGUAUGGCCGGUACACCCAGGAGCUGGGUGUGUAUGCCAAGGAAGAAGCAGCACGACUGCGGGAUGGAGGACUACGGGACGGUGGAGGACUGCGGAGGAACACCAGCGUCCGUAGUCGUCCUGCAGAUCUGCUGGAGUAUGAGAAAGACCCCUGUGUAAAGUGCCGGUCAUGUGCAUCUCGCUGCCAGAAGUUCCUGAUCUCGCGCGUCGGGGAGGACUGGAUCUUCCUCAUUCUGCUGGGGCUGCUCAUGGCUCUGGUCAGCUGGGUCAUGGACUACGCCAUCGCUUUUUGCCAAGAAGCACAGAAGUGGAUGCACGGUGGACUGGACAGCAACAUGCUCCUGCAGUACAUCGCCUGGGUCAGCUACCCUGUAGUGCUCAUCACUUUCUCAGCAGGAUUCACUCAGAUACUGGCUCCUCAGGCUGUGGGCUCAGGUAUUCCUGAGAUGAAGACGAUACUGAGGGGGGUGGUGCUGAAGGAGUAUCUGACCUUUAAGACAUUUGUGGCUAAAGUCAUUGGCCUGACCUGUGCCCUUGGCAGUGGCAUGCCCCUGGGGAAGGAGGGGCCCUUCGUUCAUGUCGCCAGCCUGUGCGCAGCUCUGCUGAGCAAAUUCAUGGCUGCCGUCUUUGGUGGGAUUUACAUGGUGAGAAUGGAAGAGCCUUUUGUGGGAAACAAGAACGAGCUGAGGAACACGGAGAUGCUGUCAGCUGCCUGUGCAGUGGGUGUGGGCUGCUGCUUCGCUGCACCUAUUGGAGGGGUGCUGUUCAGUAUCGAGGUAACGUCAACAUUUUUUGCGGUGAGGAACUACUGGAGGGGCUUCUUCGCUGCCACCUUCAGUGCCUUCAUAUUCAGAGUGCUGGCAGUCUGGAAUCAGGACGAAGAGACCAUCACUGCUCUUUUUAAGACCCGUUUCCGUUUGGAUUUUCCGUUUGACCUUCAGGAGCUGCCAGCGUUCGCCGUCCUGGGGAUCGCCUGUGGUUUUGGCGGCGCUCUGUUUGUCUACCUGAACCGUUUGAUUGUGGAGUGCAUGAGGAAACAGAAGACGAUCAACAAGUUCUUGCUGAGGAAUCCCUCUCUUCCUGUCAGGCGUCUGAUGUAUCCUGCGCUCGUCACCCUGCUCGUCUCCACACUCACUUUCCCCCCGGGCCUCGGCCAGUUCAUGGCUGGACAGCUGACGCAGCAAGAGUCUCUGGUCGCCCUGUUCGACAACCGCACGUGGUGCCGUCAGGGUGUGGCCGAGGAGUUCGACUACAUCAGUCACCACCACGGCUGGAAACACCCCCAGGUUAAUGUCUUCAUCACACUCGUCCUCUUCAUCAUCAUGAAGUUCUGGAUGUCUGCUGUGGCCACCACCAUGCCUGUUCCAUGUGGGGCCUUCAUGCCCGUUUUCCUGAUCGGCGCAGCGUUUGGCAGACUUGUCGGUGAGAUCAUGGCAGCCAUGUUUCCCGACGGCAUACAUGCUGAUGGCAGAGUGUAUCCCAUAGUUCCUGGUGGUUAUGCCGUAGUUGGUGCAGCAGCGCUGGCUGGAGCGGUCACCCACACUGUGUCCACAGCAGUCAUCGUGUUCGAGCUGACCGGUCAGAUCUCCCACAUCCUCCCUGUGAUGAUUGCCGUCAUUCUGGCCAACGCUGUGGCUCAGUCUCUCCAGCCGUCUCUGUACGACUCCAUCAUCCGCAUACAGAAACUCCCUUAUCUGCCUGAGCUGGGAAUGGGACAUCACGAGAGGUACAAUACCCGUGUGGAGGACAUCAUGGUCAGAGACGUGCGCUACAUCACCCUGCACUCGUCCUAUCGGGACCUGCAGGAGAUUCUGCUGACGUGUCACCUCAAAACACUGGCACUGGUGGAAUCCAGAGACUCCAUGAUCCUGCUGGGCUCCAUCGAGCGACUGCAGCUCCAGUCUCUGCUCUCUCUGCAGCUGGGACGCCAGCGGAGGCUGGAGUUCCUCCACCACCUGACCCAGGACAACGGCACACACGAUCUCCUGCCCAGCCUGACAAGCGAUAGCACGCCCAGCUCGUCCUGCGCCCACAGCCAGGCCAACGCCUCGGCCAGCGCUCGCCAAGGGGUUCGCUUCCUGGUGAGCACCCAACAGAUCUCCACAGAGGAGUCUUCUUUGUUCAGCACGGUGGCGUCCAACGUCCAGCUGCCUCUGAAAUCUGCCUUGAAAACUGUGUCUGCCAUCAGUGAUGCAGAGACACCAAAUAGCUCUCAGACCCUGUCCUGUGCUGACCAAGACAAGGAGCUGCUGGAGAGCCCGGCUGGGCCGGCUCCUCCUGAAAAAAGAAAGCCCAAGCCCAAAAGAGUGAGGAUCUCCAUGGCGGACUCUACUGUGGAAGUGGAAGAUUGCAUGACUCCGUCAGAGAUAGCGGAGUGGGUGGAGCAGCAGCUCGAUGAGCCGGUGGAUUUCAAAAACUGCAAGAUUGAUCCAGCGCCUUUCCAGUUGGUGGAGCAAACGUCUCUUCACAAGACUCACACCAUCUUCUCUCUGCUGGGUCUGGAUCACGCCUAUGUGACCAGCAUGGGACGUCUGGUGGGAGUGGUCUCUCUCAAAGAGUUGCGUAAGGCCAUUGAGGGCUCAGUCAUCGUGACUGGAGUGAAAGUGCGCCCUCCGCUGGCCAGUUUCCGAGACAGUGGGAACAGCACAAGCGUAUCCGAGGUGACUGAAUUACACAAGCUGUGCAUCCGCCACAGGGGGCUCUCAUUGCCCCGGGAACCAAACCCUCCUAAUGUGGAGGACCCGGCCGAUCUCUCAUACAAGGAGAUCCCCGUCAACUUCUCAGACCAGACUAGUUUGCAGUUUGAAACCAGCGCCGAUGACAUCACAAAUCAUUCAUCGGAGCUGGUGCUGCAGGAGAGUCCGUCGUUCACCGAGGACCAAUCAGAGUUUACGUUUGACUGCAGCCCCUCCCACACUGAGGAGUCAGAGCUGACCUGUGACUAUGACCCCACCACCCAAACCCCCGAGCCGGACGAAACAGAGCAACAGCAGGGCAUUCCACCUCCAAACAAGGACCAAUCAGAAGCCGAGGAAGGGAGUUGUCCCCCCCACAAGCAGGAUCAGGCAGAAUGAUCGGAACCGUCUCGACGUCUCAUGAAUGUUGACGUUUCUUACAUUUGUAGAGGACACACUCACCUUCAAGUCCAGCCUAGAUGAGUGAGUGAGUGAGUGAGUGUGUGUGUGUGCAGAUGCCUGUUUUAUGGAUAAAUCUGAUUGAAUUCUAUAUUUAUUUUAUUUUUGUCAACAAAUCUUGUGAAAAGACCAAAUGCAACAGUGUGUUAUUCGCGCACACACACUAACCACUGAUAAUGAAUGUUACUUAUACAUUUAACCCAUCCUUAUUACACGCCAGUAAAGGACACAUACAAGUUAGUGAGCAGUACAUAUCUGUGUCUGGGGAAACAGUGGUGGUUUGGUGCCUUGCUCAAGGGUACUUCAGUCUCUGACCUGUCCUGUGAUUUGAACGGGCAGCCCUCUGGUUACAAGCCCAGUUCCCGUCCACUAGGCCACAUGCUGCCCUAGAAAUAUAUGAUGUUAGAUGUUUGUUUUCAGAAAAGGUUUGACGUGCAACAAACUCAACAGCAAUGAGUGCUAAACACUGGGCGUUUAACAUUUAAUUGGCCGUUUAAAGUGUUGAAAAUACUAGUUUGAUGUUUUCAUGGGAUUUGAUGACAAUAAAAAUAUAGAAUAUGCCCAGGUUUGUGUGUGUGUGUGUGUGUGUGCAUGUGUGUGUGUGACAUCCAUACUUCAGAAGAUCAUUUGCCAAAAAAAAAAAACAACAACAAUCUUUAAAACAUGAUGCCAGAAAUGAGUCUGAAGGGCGGUGAAAGAAAAGUAGAAGAAAGCACAUUAGACCAAACACACGCAGGAAACCACACUAAUGAGCACACGAUGCUUUGAAUUUAAACAACUAUCUCCACUAUUAGCACUUAUCCACCAGAGGCUCAUUGACACAGAACCAGAGGCUAAUAAUAAACCAGUGUUGAUUAGAGGAGAUUACUCAGUUUAAAUGCAGUAAAAUGUGAUUUAAUGGCAACAGCAUCCUCAUUAGUUUGUUCAGACUCCAUUAUUUACAGCACUCUGUAGACGUGUCACAGCAUCUACAGCAGUAUAUUUAUUUUUUUUACUGUCAAACAGAGAUUUCUAUAUCGGCCCCCACAAAAACUCCACGAUCAGCUGGGAUGUACACACACGACGACAAAGGCAGCUUCCAAAGGUUCACCAGGCUUAGUACAGGGCUACAAUCAACAGUGAAGCACAUUGUAAUUACCAUGAGAUUUAUUUAAUGCACAAUGGCUUUAUAUAGGGGUAAAUUCAAUAAGGGUAAUGUAGACAGCCACUGCCUCUGCAUCAUCUGCUGUGUGAUUUUUACUGUGUUUUUGAUGUUUCUAGAAUUAAAAAAAAAAAGAGCAACUCUUGAACUCCAGAAGACAGACACUGGCUGUUAUAUAGAGCACACACACACACACAAACACACACACAGUAUAUACACUCACCAGCCACUUUAUUAGGUACACUAAACACCUAAUAAUGUGGCAGAAAUGGCACCAUAGACCAUGUAUAAAAAAAAGUCCUUAAGGUUCCUCCUGAAGCCAAUCAGGAAAUAUACUCGAUAGACACUAGAGGGCGACUGUUGGUUGCAAAAAAAAAUAAAAAGAAUGAGAAAAUGAGCCUACUUCCAAGUCGAUUUAUAAAGAAAGUUAACAUUUUAUUGAGGAGUUAAUGGUCUCAAUCACUAGUUUCUAGUAUCUUCUUCAAUAGCACAUGAUGUUAGUUUUAAUUGAUGUUUUUUUUUAUUUUCUAAUAAAGAUGAUUAGAUAGAUAUUUGCAUGAACAAGUAGUUGAAGAUGCGUACCUAAGAUAUUGGCCGAUGAGUGUAUACACACGCACACAAACGCCACAAUCACACGUGCAGCCUGUAGAUAUAUAUCUGUACGACAGAAGACAUUUAAUUCAGACUGGCCCCUGAAUGCAACAUCGAGGAAAAGUAACGGCUGUGAAGCACAGCGAUAGCCCACAGUCCAAAAGACUGUUGUAGAGCUGUGUGUGUGUGUGUGUGUGAGAGAGAGAGAGAGAGACCUUGUUACGACUUUCAAAUUGUAUUUUGGUUUUACUCAAGCUCAUUUAUUUCCUUGUGACACAUUAUGUGCAAUGAUUUAUUCCCGUCUUCACUCUUUUGUUUGCAAAUAGAAUGUGAAUUAGUGCUCGUCAUAUAACGUAUUGGGUUAAAUGUAGAGUGUAUAAACUAAUUUGCUGCGUAUUUAGUUGAGCAAUAAGUCUGUAGUAUCUCCCUUUAUAUGGCACUGGCCUGUAUAUGCUUUGUACAUAUGGAAAUACCUGGAUGAGAUUUACGCACAUGCUCUGUACAGAGGACAAUUAUUAUGCAUUUGAAAUCCAACAGCCAUUGUUAUUUUUGAGAGGACAUGAAAUUGAUUUUGUACAUGAGCGAAUGAAUAAAUUAAAGAGACCUUUUAAGAAACGAGAUUGAGA